AAUUUUUCCAAUUGUGUUCUCUGUUUUGUCCAAUUUUCUUAUUUAAUUUUGUAAAACGGUAAACACUGUGCAGGCAAUAAAAAUCAGAAUCUACAGGAUCUGAAGCAUAUUUGUAGAUAAUUUAUUUAAAAACAUCCGUUUAUCUGUUAGUUAUAAGGAAACAAAGUGGAUGGGAGAGAGGUGCUCACUUAUACCGAAAUCAGUAUCUACAGAUGUCCUUUUGUCUCCAGACAAUCAGACGGUCGCCGAUUUUGAAGAGUCCUUGUUUCUUAGGAUUAUAUUAUUCUCUUAUCAUAAUUUGUUGCUGAUAUGAAUUAUUUCCAAGCAAUUUCUUUAGCCUUUCCAGAAGAGAGAAUUUCACCGAGUUACUCGUGAUCAGACACAAACACGCGCACGUUGUCUCUUUCUCUCUCUCACACACACACGCAUCUGAGAGGAUGUAUAAUUUUUGUUUUAAUUAUUAUAGUUGCUUUAAACUACAUAAAAAAAUGAUUCCUUCAUAUGAUGACUGUACAUUAAAUUUGUUUAUCAUUUCCAGCGUGUAUAUUCGAUGCUAUUCUUAAGCAAGAUAUAAUUAAACCGGAAUUUAUUACAAAAGGGUCUAUACUAAAUGUGUCACCGGUUACGGCAAGUAUGAAUCCUUCGUCUUCGGAGAAAAUUAAUUUGAAAACGAAACAGAAACGUCGCAGAGAAAAUAUAAAGCAAUCACAACCGUACAUAAAUAUGCGUAAGCUACAGGAAGCAAUGAAGCAGAAAAGGGAAGAAAAUGAACUGAAGGAAAAAAAAUUAUCGAAAAAAAUGAAAACACAAGAAAAAACAAAAAAGAAAGCUACAGAAGAAAGAACCAUUACAGAAUCAGAAGAAAAAUUGAAUACAAAUACCAAAAAUAAAGAAAAAAAUGAUGGCAAAGGCCGGUCAUAUACUCUGACCAUUGCUUUGCCCGGAUCAAUUUUGGAUAAUGCCCAGGCUUUCGUUCUUCGGACAUAUUUAGCUGGCCAGGUGGCUCGUGCAGCUGUGAUCUUUAAUGUUGAUGAAAUUGUUGUCUUUGAUGAAAGAAAACGCAGUGACAGAGAUGCACCUGGAGGGUCUAAGGGAGAUUCUAACCACCUCUUUGGUCGGCUCCUACAGUAUCUGGAAUGUCCACAGUAUAUUCGCAAACAGUUGUUUCCUAAACAUAGUGAUCUUCAAUAUGCAGGUGUCUUAAAUCCUGUCGCCUCUCCACAUCAUAUGUCUGUUAAUGAAGAGAGUAUAUAUCGAGAGGGUCUAGUUCUUAGUAAAUCUUCGAAACCUAGCGGAGGUAGUCUGGUGGAUGUGGGUCUGAAGAAGAAGGUUCUUGUAGACCAAACCAUUCCCAGUGGACAGCGUGUAACUGUAAAAUUAAAUACGUUACGUUCCAAAAAGGAUAUUCUGAAGGGCACAGCCGUUUCUUUCUCAACUCCCCGUACAGAAGCUGGUAUUUAUUGGGGUUAUACUCUGAGAAUGGCUGAUAGCUUGAGCUCUGUGAUCACUGAGUGUCCUUAUGAAGAGGGUUACGACACCAUCAUUGGAACAUCUGAUAAAGGAACAAGUGUUGAUGAAUUGAAGCUAGAAAAAUUUAGGCAUGCUUUGGUGGUGUUUGGUGGCUUACAAGGCUUGGAAGCUAGUCUGCAAGCUGAUGACAAAUUAACAGUGGAUAAUCCUAGAUACUUAUUUCAACAUUAUUUGAAUACCUGUCCAAACCAAGGAAGUCGUACAAUACGUACAGAGGAAGCCAUUCUAAUAACGAUGUCAGCUUUAAGACCCAAAAUAGAUUUGGCCCAGAGAUAACAUUCCUGGAAUGAGCAAAGUAUUUCUUAUGUUGAAGAACUGUUGAACAUUUUUUGUAAUAAUGUCUCCUUGAAGCUUAUAUUUUCUAUUUAUAUAUUUUUUAUAAAACUCUUUUCAAUGAU